AUGGGUAAAUCUAUUCGUGUUUCAUCUUCAUUUUGCAAUAAUCAUCCAUUUCAACGUCAUUUGUCUAAUCCACUUGAUUACGUACCAACAGCUUUAAAAACAGAUUUAAGCACCGAAAAUACAAACACGGAAGACGUUCAUAUAGUACCACCGAGAAAGCGAACAUCGUCAUUAUUUUUACAAGCAAACGAUGUCCAACAAAUUGUAGAAGGUGUUGAUUCAAUUGAGCACACAGUAGGUGAAAUAAUUGAAAACCAAGGCCAAAAUGAAGAUACCUGUGGUGAUGAAAUUGAUGUACAUAAUGAAGAAUAUUUUCAACGCUUUUAUUGGUCAGAUGAUAGUGACGAUUCUAGUUGUGAAUAUGAUCUUGAUCAAUAUAAUUUAACAUCGAAACAAUAUGAUACGAUCGAACGAUAUGAUUUAGAAGCUCACGCGUGUUGCCGAUCAAAACGCUCACAUAAAAAAAUGAAUGCUAAACAACAAAUAAAAACGAAACAUGCAAAAACAAUAAAAAUAAAUUCACAUAAUAAACAUCUCUACGUUAAUCAUCGUUUACUCAAAGGAUUCAAUCUAGAUCCACCGAGUUUAAACUAUAUGCCGUCAUCAACUCCUGUUGUGUUGAAAGAUUUACCCUCAUAUGAUAAGUCAGCUACAACAUCUUUAAAAUCACGUCCUUUGCCACAGUCAUCACGGCCAACAACGACAACAACAACAAACGCGGUCAAUCACAACACUCCGUAUCGGUUACAGGAUUAUGCAGUCGACGGAACAAAUAUACCACAUGACAUUCACGAUGACGAAAUGGUCACUUUUCUGCUUGAAAUGCAAAAUCGUGAACUAUCACCGGAAGAUUACGAGAUGCUUUGUCGAUUAGAUGAGAGAGUCGAACGAAAAACAGUUAAUAAUUCAGUACUAGAUAGUUUGCAAACAGUUUGUAUUGAAAAUACAAAUGAUUAUCUUGAUGAAAUGUGUACAAUCUGUAUGGAAAAGUACCAGUUAACACAAUUAAUUAAACUAUUACCGUGUAAACAUAAAUUUCAUCAAGCAUGUAUUGAAACGUGGUUAAAAAGUUUUUCACCAAAUUGUCCCCUAGACAAUUUACCAUUGCAAUCAUCUGUAUGA